CCUCCACUAGACUUCCGACCUUCGGUCACAGCACAAGCGCACGGCAAUGGCGUAUUGCAACUAUUGAUAAAAGCACCAAUGAAUGUUCGAAAUAUCCUCAGUUCGUCCUAACACUCAGUCUUCUCCUCUCUCUCUCUCUCUAGAGAACGGCAAUGGCGAGUUCACCGGUGGUGUCGCUGAACGGAGUGAUGGCUGGACGAGCGUCUCUGGGGUACAUGGAGAGUAAAGCACCGAUGAAGUUGAAGCUCUGCCGACGAUUCUGCACCCUCGGAUGGGCGUCGAGCGCGGGUGGAAGCAUCGCUGCUGAAGUUCACCGCGACUCCGUUCCGAGGUCGAACCGCCUUAUUGCCAUGGGACGUCAUUCUGGUGUUCGGAAGGAGAGAGUAGUGCCAGAGUACACGUAUGGAUUGUCUGCUAAUGGAUCAGUCCUGCCUUUGCCGUCUCCUAAGCGAUACUCUAGUGAACCUACAAGGUGUACGGGUUGCCUUCCUUUUUCCUUGAAGACUGGCAGAGGACUCGCAGAUUAUGCAAACAUAAGCACAUAUGUGAAGGCUGGGGCUCUUAAUUCAAAUAACCCCACUGAACCAUUGCCACGCUGUGUUGUUCUAGACAUUGAGGGAACCACUACGCCGAUAUCAUUUGUCACUGAUGUUCUCUUCCCAUAUGCUCGGGAUAAUGUCGGGAGACAUUUGUCUGCGACAUUUGAAUCUCCAGAGACUCGUGAUGACAUUAAGUUACUUCGUUCCCAGGUCGAAGAUGACUUAAAACAAGGUGUUCAAGGUGCUGUGCCCAUCCCAGCUGAUGAGGCAGGGAAGGAACAAGUCAUAGCUGCUUUAGUUGGUAACGUGGAAGCUAUGAUAAAAGCUGAUCGCAAGAUCACUGCCUUAAAGCAAUUGCAAGGUCACAUUUGGCAGACAGGCUUUGAGAACAAUGAAUUGGAGGGAGUGGUUUUUGAGGACGUACCAAAGGCUCUCACGAAUUGGAACAGUUUGGGCAUAAAGGUUUAUAUAUAUUCCAGUGGUAGCAGGUUGGCACAAAGGCUUAUAUUUGGCAAAACAAAUUAUGGUGAUUUAAGAAAGUACUUGUGUGGAUUUUUUGACACCAAUGUUGGGAAUAAGAAGGAAACACAAAGUUACAUUGAGAUCUCAGAGUCAUUGGGAGUUGAUAAACCUUCGGAUGUGUUGUUUCUUACAGAUGUUUAUCAAGAAGCUGUCGCUGCCAAGGAUGCAGGUUUGGAGGUGCUGAUCUCAGUCCGACCAGGAAAUGGACCUCUUCCAGAAAAUCACGGUUUCAACACAAUAAGUUCAUUCUUGGAAAUCUGAUAGCACAUGAGUUGUAACUAUAUCACAUGUUACAUGAUACUGGCGAUUGUAAGUGCAACUAUCCAAAUAGUUGAUUAAUUAUUUUUCUU